CUCGCUAAUCAUUACAUUAUCCCUAUUUAUUUAUUUUUUUAACUAUUCCUCUCUCUCGUCGGCGCUCGUCGGACUCCUCCGCCUCCCGCCGCCGUGAGCCGCCGGAAUCUGACCCACACGCAACCCCCACCCCCAAUUCAGUGACUUUCCAUAACAACCCUAAUCUAUUCCCCUUUUUUGGUACUCUUGUUUAAUUUUCUAUAAAAGUUUCCGUAUUCACGAGUGUGUCUGUCUUUUGUGUACUUUCACUUCAGAUGUAUACCUAACGGGUCGUGUUGAUUUUCUUGAGAUCUGGAGCGAUCGACGAGGUUUUUGGAGAUCUGGGUCGUGUUCAAUCGUCUCUUUGGUUUCAAUCUCGAAAUGUGGCAUGGUUAUGCAUUGCAGUUUGAUUUCAAUGAUUAAGAACUUUGGGCGUACCACGGUUUUCCUUUUGAGAGUUGGGCUUUGAAUUUUUUGGAGUUUCGGAUUUCUUCAUGAACAACAAAGUGGAGGCUCUUAGAGCUAAACAGAAUGCCGAGAAGCGAUUUGCUGAGAAAGACUUUACGGGUGCAAAGAAUUAUGCUUUAAAGGCUCAAGCCCUUUUCCCAGAACUUGAGGGUAUAACUCAAAUGGUGGCUACAUUUGAAGUGUACAUAGCUUCUCGGGUUAAUGUUAAUGGAGAAAUUGAUUUCUAUGCAAUUCUUGGAUCAGAUCCGUCAGCAGACAAGGCUAAGUUGAAGAAACAGUAUAAGAAUAUGGCUGUGUUGCUCCACCCUGAUAAGAACAAAACUGUGGGAGCUGAUGGGGCAUUCAGACUUGUAUCUGAAGCGUGGACUCUGUUGUCUGAUAAUAAAAAGCGAAGCUCUUAUGAUCUCAGGCGAAAUAGGCCAGUGCCCUCUGGGGAUGUCCAGACAAAUUCAUCUUCGCUCUCUCAUGGACUCGACACUUUCUGGACUGUGUGCACCUCCUGUCAAGUUCAGUACGAGUAUCUGCGCAAAUACUUGAACAAGAGACUUUCCUGUAAGAAUUGCCGUGGAGUUUUCAUCGCUGUGGAAACAGGAACAGCCCCGAUAAAUGGUUCGUUUCCUUAUUGUCCUUGGUCAUAUAUGCCUGAUAAUGGGUAUGGAAGUCAUGGUUAUAAUGGUGUUGCAUAUGUCCCAACCACUGCUGUAUAUUUUACAGGAAAUGGGGUCUCGGGAUUUCAUUCUGGGCAUGGGUCUGAGUAUGUUUCUAAUGUGUCAUUUCAGUGGAGUUCGUCGCCUGGAGCUUCGGUUGGGAUUGUGGGUCCUAAUGGAUUAAAUACUAAAUCAGCCAAUGUUAUUCAUCAAGCCAAUGGAAUUAGUAAUGGUGCAAGAUCCAAUGGAAAGCCCUAUAUAAAAAAUCAUGCUGCUGAUAUGAGUUCCAAGGCCUGCAGACCCCAUAAGAUAAGGAAGGUCGACAUUGGAAGUGUUUCUAGAAAUGGGAAUGAAGAAUUGGCUUCAAAGACUACUUCAGAAGUGAGAGCGGUUAAUGGAAAUGGAAAUACCAAACAUAAUUCUAAAAUUAUCACUCCAAAUGAGAUUCCAACUAGACGUUGCUCUGCUGCCCCUGCGUUUGAUGCGAGAAAGUUAUUGAUGGACAAAGCAAGAGCAGAAAUCUGUAAAAAACUGGAAGAACUAAGGGUGGCUUCAGCUGCAGCUGCUGAGAAGAAUGCAAAGACGUGUGAUGAAGUUGGUAAAUCUGGAGAGACUUCUAACAAAACAGACUUGGCCCUUUCUGUUCAUCAACCAGAGCUGAAGAAAACUGUGUCAAUGCCAAUAACAGUCCCCGACUCAGACUUCCAUGAUUUUGACGAGGAUAGAUCAGAGGAAUGCUUCAAGCCAAAGCAAAUAUGGGCUAUAUAUGAUGAAGAAGAUGGAAUGCCUCGAUUGUACUGUCUGAUCCGCGAGAUCAUUUCGGUGAAACCAUUUAAAAUUCACAUAAGUUACUUGAACUCAAAAUCUGAUGAUGAGUUUGGGUCUGCAAACUGGGUGGAUUCUGGGUUUUCCAAAUCCUGUGGAGAUUUCAGGGCAGGAAACUAUGAAGUUGUUGACCAAGUCAAUAUAUUUUCUCAUCUUCUGAGCAGGGAAAAGGCUGGCCGGGGCGGUUGUGUUAGAAUCUACCCUAAAAGUGGAGACAUUUGGGCCGUAUAUCGAAAUUGGUCACCGGAUUGGGAUAGAACAACCCCGGACAAGGUGAGGCACCAGUAUGAUAUGGUGGAAGUUCUUGACGAUUACUCUGAAGAGCUUGGAGUCUGCGUUACACCCCUGAUUAAAUUAGAUGGAUUCAAGACGGUUUAUCAGAGGAACAAGAACAAGAAUGCCAUUCGGCUGAUUCCAAGGAAAGAGAUGUUACGGUUUUCACACCAAGUGCCUUCUUGGAUACUUCAAGUAGAAGGCGUCAAAUUACCUGAUGGGUGUUGGGAUCUGGACCCAGCUGCUACUCCAGAUGAGCUUCUCGUGGCUGCAAGCGAAGGGAAGACUGAAGACAAGCCUUGAUUGAUUUUUUUAUCUGUUCUUGACAGUCUUGAGAUUUAAAAUGUACAGAUUUAAACACAUAGUCUGAGGGGUUAAUUCUCAUAGAAUUAGAUAGAUUGGAGGAUCACAAGGUGAGCCACGGCAUUAGACCCUGGAUUGUUUUAGAGGUUUCCACUUUUUAUUCAGCUAAACUUGUAACUGGAAUCCCACAUCUAUUAACUUCUUGUUUACUGAAAUUGAUAUUGGCUUCUUUCAUUA